CUCCUUUUUGAGCUGCAACCGCUCAAAUUCCUCUUCAGCUUCUUGGCGUUUUCGUUCAUCCUCGAGGCGCUUCUUCUCGAGAGCUGCUUCUUUUUCGCGUUGUUUUUUCUCGCUCUCCAGGCGACUCUUCGCCAGAGCAACUUCCUUCUCGGCUUGAAUCGUUUCCUCCUGAAUGCGUUGUAGUUCGAGUUGUUUCUGCUCUUGGAGCUGCUGCAAGUCCAGAGCCGCUUUUGCGGCCUUAACUGAUGUCGACGUACUCGCUUUAGACCUCUGGGAUUUGGAUUCAUUUUUCCUCAGCGUUUCAGGUGCCACAGUGGUACUAUGUUUGUCACAACUUGGACAGAGCCAGCUCCGGUCCGCCACAGAAUCACCAACGCCCACGCAUUGAUAAUGGUACCAAGAUUGGCACCGGUCGCACUGCACCAUGUGGUUAUUGUCUGGAUCCUUACAGAGGCUACAGCUGAAAGUUCUUACGACUUUCGGUGGCAUCUUUCCGAUAUCAGAUUCGAUUUUUCGUAAGUAAAAUCUUUUAAGUUUGUUGCGGAUUAGCUUCGCGACAGGGUUUCGAACGCAAUAUUAAACACCCUUUUUAGCUUGAUUUGAUCAGCUUAAAAGCUACAAAUAAAUUUCAUUUUUAAUGAUCAUUUUACAAAAGGCAAUAUAAUAAGGACUUACAUUUUAGUGUUUAAACUGAAUUCUUACAAUUGGAAAAGAUAUCGGGUUUUAGUUCCACGGUUUACUCUAAGCUGUUUCGACCACGUUUGGUACUUCCUCACUGUUUUGAUUUCCGUUCGGUGACAGAUCUUCUUUGUGCACCCUCACCAAUUCUGCUUGGUUUGGCAUAGUUGCCAGUUUCGUUUUUAGCUGAGCCGUUGCUCGAAUCGGAGGGUCGACGGAUGUACAGUUGGCCUCAACACUACCUUUACCUUACGUUGAAUUGAAUCCCCAAUUUCAACGAUGGCUUCCGAACGCAAAAAGAUCAGCAUUUAUUACCUGAUCGUGUUGGCGUUUUCGCAUUUGGUCCUCGAAAUCUCCUGUUCCAUUGAUGAUAAUCAUAAUCAUUAUAAAAUACAUAAUCUCUACGGAGAAGGACUUUGCAGUUCUGGUCGUAUUUCACUGUAUGAUAACAUCUUAUCACAGAACGAUCCCAUCAAGCUCCACCAUCCUCGUCAAGGAUAUAUAUUAAAGCAAAGCUGGGAUUUGUCUUCCUUAGGGCGAACUUCCUAUUGCAGGAUUGAGUUACAAGCUCCGGAGGGUAUGGGCUUCUACAUAACGGCACGUGAGACACAGUUGCGAAAAAAUGCUAAAGCGGGCCAUAGACUACACAAAUUGGCCUGUACAAAUUCGAUGAUUCCACGACGAUUGUUUGAUCUAUGCUCGCCCAUACACUAUACAAACAUAUUUCACGCGAACACAAAUGAUUGCUGGCGAAAACAGCAACAGCAACAAAAAAAACCAUCUCCACCCCGGCUGGGAGAAUGUUUUGUACAAAAUAUUUCGAUCCCGACCGAUUUUACUCCAACCGUUUGGGCGCUCAUUCAAGCAGUGCCAUACACUAUGCAAAUCGUGCUCACAGCGACAAAAUUUCAUCGAAUUUCAUCGCAUUUGUACAAAUGUUGUGUAGUCUAUGGCCCGCUUAAGGGAGAAUGCGUUGACACUAUACAAGUAAAAUAUGAUUCAAAUCAGUACGACUUUUGUGAUUCCUACGAGGCAUUCAACAAAUUAAGAGCAUUCAAAACCGGCAAGGAUGUUCGCAUAACGAUAAACAUAAGUAAACACAUACCGUUGGACCAUAUUGACGAUGUACUGUUCAUUGAGCUAGUGGUUACUGUCAGGCGUAAUUGCGGUACGGAAAGGCAGAUACAGUGCGAUAAUGAUGGCAGUGGAUCUUGCAUAAGUCCACAUUUUCGAAACGAUGACAUUAUAAACUGUCCUGACUGUAGGGAUGAAUUUAAAUGUCUAAGAGAAAAAAGUGAAUUGCAAGUCGAAUAUCCAUCAGAUGUAAUUCUUGCGGUAGUUCUUUCAUUAAUAAUGACAACGAUAGUUCUUGGAACUUUAAUUUGGUGUUUGGUCAGACAUCGGCGAGGAACUACUGGAUAUAGUUCUGGCUCGAGAUCAAGUAAUACUGAUCAAAACCGUUCGGUACAAAUUCCAAACUCGACGGAAUCAAAUCUGAUUUCCAACGCAAAUCAGAGAACUUCAGAAAACGAAUUUGUGCCUAGCGCACCACUAGAAGAGGUAGAAGAUGAAGAAGAUCAACCACCUCGCUACGAAGCACUUUACAAUACGAUAAAUAAACGCAUUACCUAAAUCAAUGCUGCAAAUCCGCUGCCUAUACAAUCUCAUGGACUUCAGCUGAAUCCAACAAAUUUCGACGCUUUGACAUUUUGCUAACACUUAAACUAGGAACUUAACACAAAAGCACAUUCAGAAUCAUGCAAAAAAAACUUCCCUUUCACAAACGAAAAGCACCGCUUGUUUAGAUCGCAUGCACGGAAUUUCGGUUUGUCGGAGACACGAGAAUGUCGGAGUUCACCACCCAGCACAGUGUAUGACCGAUUUCACAAACCUUUGAUGCGAGAAAAAUCAGUCCUGAUCCAAACAAGGUCCGGUCCUAAAUCAGCUGAUUUGAGGUUGCACAUUUUUCCAAUUUUCGCCGUA